AUGCCGACGCCGGUGACUACGGCGAGAGAAUGCUUGACGGAGGAAGCCGCUCGUGCUCUCGACGAUGCUGUGGCUGUGGCUCGUCGGAGGAGCCACGCGCAGACGACGUCUCUCCACGCCGUUUCCGCUCUUCUAACGAUGCCGUCGUCGAUUCUCCGAGAGGUGUGCGUCUCACGUGCGGCACGCAGUACUCCGUACUCGUCGCGUCUCCAAUUCCGAGCUCUGGAGCUCUGCGUCGGCGUUUCUCUCGACAGGCUCCCGUCGUCCAAGUCUACGGCGGCGGAAGAAGAUCCACCGGUGUCGAAUUCGCUCAUGGCGGCGAUCAAACGGUCGCAAGCGAAUCAGAGGCGGCAUCCGGAGACAUAUCACCUCCAGCAGAUCCACGCCAGCAGCGGCGUCGGUGGCUGCCAGACGACGGUUUUGAAGGUCGAGUUGAAGUACUUUAUAUUAUCCAUCCUCGACGAUCCGAUUGUGAAUCGGGUCUUCGGUGAGGCCGGGUUUCGGAGCUCCGACAUCAAACUCGACGUGCUUCACCCUCCGGUAACGCAAUUCUCUUCCCGCUUCUCACGAGCUCGUUGCCCGCCUCUCUUCCUCUGUAAUCUUCCGAACUCAGAUCCAGGCCGUGAGUUCCCGUUCGGUGGGAGCAGCAGCAGUUUCGACGAGAAUACUCGGAGAAUCGGAGAAGUAUUAGGUGGUAAAGAGAGGAGGAACCCUCUUCUUAUUGGAAAUUGCGCUAACGAAGCUCUUAAAACCUUCACGGAUUCGAUCAACAGUGGGAAGCUAGGGAUUCUCCCUCCGGAGAUUAGCGGGUUAACCAUAGUUAGCAUUGAGAAGGAAAUUAGUGAAAUACUAUCCGAUAGAUCAACAACUGACGAGGAGAUUCGCAUGAAACUUGAUGAUUUAGUUAGAAUCGCAGAGGAAAAUGGAUCGAAAUCGGGGACGAUGCUUAAUCUGGGAGAGUUUAAGGUCUUAACCAGUGAAACUUACAGUAAUGCUUUGGAGAAAUUGGUGUCGAAGCUCUCGGAUUUGCUGAAACACCAAAGUAGGAAACUCUGGCUCGUCGGGUGUGUAUCGAGCAACGAGACGUACACGAAGCUUCUGGAUCGGUUUCCUACGAUCGAUAAGGAUUGGGACCUUCAUGUUCUUCCAAUCACAUCCUCUAAACCCUCGAGUCAAGGGGUUUAUCCAAAAUCCAGCUUGAUGGGAUCGUUUGUUCCGUUUGGAGGCUUCUUUUCGUCUACAUCAGAUUUCGGAGUACCGUUGAGUGGCACAGUGAAUCAGAAGCAUUCCAGAUGUAACCUCUGCAACGAGAAGUAUUUGCAGGAAGUAGCCGCCGUUGCCAAAGCCGGUUCGAGUCUCUCUCUUGCUGAUCGAUGUUCCGAGAAGUUACCUUCUUGGUUACGAGCUGCAGAGACCAAUUUGGACAAGGGAACAACAGGAAGUCGUAAGGCUAUAGAUGAUCCAAUCACAUUAGGCGCGCAAACCGCAGCUCUGCAGAAGAAAUGGGACAACAUAUGCCAAAGUAUCCAUCAAACUCCGGCGUUUCCCAAACUCAGUUUUCAGCCGCCGGUGAGCCCGCAGUUCCCAAUCUCAAAUCCAAAGCAUAAGGAGUAUGUCACAACAUCGGUUGCUAGCCGUAUGGUGAGUUCUCCUGUGAGCUGUGUUACUACAGAUUUAGGUUUGGGAGUACCAAACACACAGAAAGAGAAACCGAUGAUGGAGACACUAAACUCUUCUUUGGUACAAACAUAUCAGAAAGAUUUUAAGUCUCUAAGAGAAUCUCUCUCUCGUAAAGUCCCCUGGCAGACGGAAGCUGUGAAUGCCAUAAGCCAAGUGAUCUCCGAAUGCAAAAGCGACUCUACGAGAAGAAACCACGCAAGUGGAAUCUGGCUGGCUCUUCUUGGACCUGAUAAAGUCGGGAAGAAGAAAGUAGCGUCGGCUCUUUCUGAGAUCUUCUUUGGUGGCAGUGUCAACUGCAUCUGUGUGGAUUUCGGAGCAGAGCACUGUUAUCUUGAUGACAAAUUCAGAGGCAAAACAGUGGUUGAUUACAUAACCGGGGAGUUAUCAAGGAAACCACAAUCUGUUGUUUUACUAGAAAACGUGGAAAAAGCUGAGUUCCCGGAUCAGAUGAGAUUGUCUGAUGCUGUGAGUAGUGGGAAACUCCGUGACUCGCAUGGAAGAAUGGUCGGUAUGAAAAACGUGAUUGUUAUUGCGACUUCUGGGAGCUCCAAGGAUGAUCAUGCCAAGUUUUCCGAGGAGAGAGUUCUCAGCGCAAGAAGGUGGAAACUAGAGAUAAAGUUAGCUAAAACCGGGGUGAAUAAGAGAAAACACGAGCCAGAGGCAGGGGAACGUGCAGAGAAAGCGCAACGUUCGUAUCUUGACCUGAAUCUUCCUGUGAGUGAGACAGAAGUUAGCUUUAGCCAUGAAACAGAGGACGCAAAGGCAUGGUUUGAUGAUUUCAUCGAAAAGGUAGACGGAAGAGUGACGUUCAAGCCGGUUGAUUUAGAUGGGUUAGCCAAGAAGAUUCAGGAGCAGAUUAUCUCACAUUUUGCAAGGUGCUUUGGAUCCGAAACACAUCUGGAAAUUGAUAAUGAAGUGUUAGUUCAGAUUCUGGCGGCGUCUUGGUCGUCUGGGGAAGAAGAGAGAAGGGUUGAUCAAUGGAUGCAAACUGUUCUUGCUCCGAGCUUUGCUGAAGCGAGGCGUAGAUACGGUUUGAAUCCUGCGUUGGCCGUGAAACUGGUUGCUUCUACAGAGUUAGCUGCCGGAGUAGAGUUGCCGGAGAAGGUGGACGUGAUGUGA